AUGGCAACGCUUCAAAAGCGCUGGCUUCUCCUGGCCCUUUUGCUGGUCAUCGUAGUGCCAGUGGACGCGGCUAUUACCUGUGUCAAGAUCAAGCGCUGGAUCGAGUACGUGGCAAUUUGCUGUUGUACCUGCGCGUCAAUCUUGUGCUCCAUUUUGGUGCUCUUCUUCUUAACGAACAAGAGCGGAGGUGAUGAUGAAGAUCCAUGGGCAGACUUCAAUCCUGACGAGAACGCGACCAAUGCUACAGUUCGAUUGCUGUCACCUCGCUUGCUGUCGCCUCUCCUGUCGUCCUUGAGGAGGUCGGCCCUUCACUUCAGCAGACCGUGA